GAAGAUCCUCUCAGCUGCCAUCUUGUUGAAGUAGACGUAGAUUGUCCGCCCUCAUACGUUGCACUUUCUUACACCUGGGGAGGAGAGGAACCUUGCGAACCCCUUGUAAUUCAUAACUCCGGACGUGCUAAGCAGCAGCUAUUGAUAACUCCCAACUGCGCUGCAGCAUUGAGAUUGCUACGACGGUCCCUCCGCCGCAGAACGAAGAACCGUCGCAGCUUGAGUGUCUGGAUAGACGCCAUCUGCAUCGACCAAGCGUCCGAUGAUGAACGCAAUGCUCAAGUCGCCAUGAUGGCCGAGAUCUAUCAGCGCUCCAAGACUGUAGUUGUCUGGCUUGGGCAGGAU